AUGACAAGCCACGAUCGACCGUCGGCGCCCAAGUUCAAUUUGACAGAGUCUGACUUGGCUGAGAAAGCAAAGCAGAGCCGGAAAAGGACCGAAGCAACUCUGGCUGCUAUCCUCGGCUCUGUCACAGCUGAGCAGGCCACGUUUAGCAAUGUCAUUGAGGCCGUUGAGUUCAACAACAGGCUGAGCGAGUACCAACUCCUGGCUUUGCUGCAGAAUGCCGCCCCAGACGCAAACAUCCGAAAAGCGGCCUCACAAGCCUGCCAGGCCAUUGAGCAUGACAACCUUGCUAUGGUAGAAAAUGAGGAGCUCUUCACCCUUGUUGAUGCCGCAAAGCGAAGCGUCAACGACGACAGCCUCACAAUUGAAGAGAAGAAAAUGCUGGACACCAUGUAUCGCUGGUUCACGGACACCGGAGCCAAGAUGGAUACAGAAGCGCGAGAUCGCUUUUCCGAAAUAAGCAAACGAAGCAUCAAACUACGCAACGCGUUUAUGGACAACAUCGCUUCCGACCCUGGGGGCUUGUGGAUGACGGAGCAGCAGCUCGCCGGCCUCUCCCGCGGAAAGUACGAGAGCUUGGAGGUCGGCCCGGAAGGAAAGCGUCGUGUUAUGCUGAAGAGGCCCGAUGUUCAAGCCGCCCUGAGACAAUGCCACGACCCGGAAACUCGAAAAGCGGUGCUGAUUGCCAGCGAGUCCAUUUGCCCGGAAAAUGUCGACAUUUUCCGGGAGAUUGUGCUACUACGAGACGAAGCAGCACGACUCGGCGGCUUCACCUCAUUCGCGGCGCAGAGCACUAGCAAUAGAUUGGCCAAGUCUCCCGCAGUCGUAAACAAGCUACUGCAAGAUCUCAAACGAAAGCUCCGACCGCUCGUUGAUAGAGAGAUGCUCGAGCUCGAGCAGCUUGCGCCACGGGGAACACCCUUGCAUGCCUGGGACUUUGACUACUACCAUCAGCAGUUACUGCGAGACAAGAAUGUCGACCACGACCUCUUGUCAGAGUACUUUCCAGCGGAUUACACCAUCGUCCAAAUGAUGGGCGUCUUUCAAGAGCUCUUCGGCCUGAAGAUUGAGGAAGUUACGGACAAAGAAGAAGGCGAUACGUGGCAUCGAGACGUCAAGAUGUUUGCAGUAUGGGACGAGGAAAGCGAUUCGUUCUUGGGCUAUCUAUACACGGAUAUUUACCAGCGGCCAGGCAAGUACAAUGGCGCGGCAAACUUCAACAUACGUCCGAGCUACAUUGAUGAGAAUGGCAAUUGCGGGCCUGUUGCGACGGCAUUAGUCUGCAACCUUUCCCCUCCUUCUCAAGACCGGCCGUCACUUUUGCAGCACUCUGAGCUUGUCACUGUCUUUCACGAACUUGGCCACGGCAUUCAUGACCUUCUCGGAAGAUCCAAGUACGUCACGUUUCAUGGCCACCGCGCGGUGAAAGACUUCAUCGAGGCUCCGAGCCAGCUCCUCGAGUAUUGGUGCUGGACACCCCAGACUCUGAAGCGGCUGAGCUGCCACUACUCUCAUCUGUCGAGCCAAAGCGAAUGGGCGUGGCGACAGCACCAAAGCAGCGCAGAGAUCGACCUGCCGCCGCGCGACAUACCGGAUGGCCUCAUUAACAGUCUCAUCGCCACGAAGAAUGUCAACGCCGGGAUUCUCGCAUCGCGCCAAGUGGCCUUGGCGCUGUUCGAUAUGAGAGUUCACGAUCCUCCCUCACACGCGGCUCUCGAGGGAAUGGACAUUCCUGGUGCGACGCGCAUAUUUGCGGCAGACAUCUGGAAGACUUGCUUCCGCGACGACCCCAUGAACGCGGCGGCAGCGCGUAGGUAUCGAAAGGUCAUACUGGAUAAGGGAGGCAGCGGCGAUGAAGCCAAGAUGCUGGAAGAGUUGCUGGGGCAUGCGCCAUCGCUAGGGCCGUAUCUCGAGGGGAUUGGCACGGCAAUCUGA